UUAUCUAACACAACUAGUGGAACAAAAUAUUCUGUGAACAUGGAGUGUGCUAGAACCCGACAGUAUUGGCUGAGUAUUUGAAACGGUUUUUUUUUCUUUUCUUAACAUGUUCAACCAAGGCAGUAGUACAAUUCAAAAUUCAUUUAAUGACCAUUGCCUGUUUAAUAUAGUUUUUGAAGGUUUGAGUUUGGUAGCUUAAAUAAUAACUUUAGGUACUUAUGUGCAGUACAUAUUUUGUUUUACUAUUUGUCACGCAAUUUGUACUCAUAAUGACUAACACCUGUUAGAUAUUCUAUGUUCGUCUAAUUAUUCGUUAUAACCCACAUGUAUACAUUGUGCACGAUACUAACGUUUACACUUUAUUAUGUUCUGUUUCCAUUGAAUGGCUUCACAUACUAGCUUUGUUUGUAUGGUCGGUGUCGAAUAGCGAAUUAGUCAGUAAUGGAGUAUUCAGCAUGUCACCGUUCAUACAUUCGCGCAUUUGCUAGCGGAAAGGAAACCUGUUGAAGAAUGGCCUAUCUGUGACUGUCUAAUAUCUUUCCAUUCGAAGGGCUUCCCUUUAGACAAGGCCAUACAGUACGAGAAAUUACGGAAGCCCUACGUUAUAAACAAUCUUCAUAUGCAGUAUGAUAUUCAGGAUCGUAGAAAAGUAUACGCGAUAUUAGAGGGUGAGGGUAUUGAAAUACCGAGAUAUGCAGUAUUAGAUAGAGAUUCACCGGAUCCGAAACAUCACGAGCUCGUGGAGUCCGAGGACCACGUGGAGGUGAAUGGUGUAGUGUUCAACAAGCCUUUUGUCGAGAAGCCGGUGUCUGCUGAAGACCAUAAUAUUUAUAUUUACUACCCUACGUCUGCGGGCGGCGGCAGUCAGCGACUGUUUAGAAAGAUUGGAAGUCGCAGUAGUAUAUAUUCGCCAGAAUCAAGAGUGCGGAAAACAGGGUCAUUUAUUUAUGAAGAUUUUAUGCCAACUGAUGGUACUGAUGUCAAAGUUUACACAGUCGGCCCAGAUUACGCGCACGCAGAGGCCCGCAAGUCCCCGGCGUUAGAUGGUAAGGUUGAGCGGGACUCUGAAGGCAAGGAAAUCAGAUAUCCGGUGAUAUUAUCCAACCAAGAGAAGCUUAUAUCAAGAAAAGUUUGUCUAGCUUUCAAGCAGACUGUCUGCGGCUUUGAUUUACUCAGGGCAAACGGCAAAUCAUUUGUUUGCGACGUGAACGGUUUUUCUUUUGUGAAGAACUCGAAUAAGUACUACGAUGAUUGUGCCAAGAUUCUGGGUAAUAUGAUAUUGCGUGAGUUGGCGCCGACGUUGCACAUCCCGUGGUCGGUGCCGUUCCAGCUGGACGACCCGCCCAUCGUGCCCACCACCUUCGGCAAGAUGAUGGAGCUGCGCUGCGUCGUGGCCGUCAUCAGGCACGGCGACCGCACGCCCAAGCAGAAGAUGAAGGUCGAGGUGCGACAUCAGAGAUUCUUUGAGAUCUUUGAGAAAUAUGACGGCUUCAAGCGAGGUCAUGUAAAGCUAAAGAAACCCAAGCAGCUGCAGGAAAUACUGGAUAUAGCGCGCGCGUUACUGUCUGACAUACAGACACGACACGCUGACCCGGAGAUAGAAGAGAAACAGGGGAAACUGGAACAGUUAAAGAGCGUUCUGGAAAUGUACGGCCACUUCUCUGGCAUCAACCGCAAGGUGCAGAUGAAGUACCAGCCCCGCGGCCGGCCGCGCGGCUCCAGCUCCGACGACGGUAACGCGCCGCCCGCACACGUAGGCGGCGGCGGCGAGCCCUCUCUGGUGUUGAUCCUGAAGUGGGGCGGCGAGCUGACGCCGGCCGGACGGAUACAGGCCGAGGAGCUCGGGCGCAUGUUCCGCUGCAUGUACCCCGGCGGCCAGGGCCGACACAUACCCGGUGAAGGCGGCACCCAAGGCCUGGGCCUGCUGCGCCUGCACUCCACAUUCCGCCACGACCUGAAGAUCUACGCGUCGGACGAGGGCCGCGUGCAGAUGACGGCCGCUGCCUUCGCCAAGGGGCUGCUGGCGCUCGAGGGCGAGCUCACGCCCAUACUCGUGCAGAUGGUCAAGUCUGCCAAUACUAAUGGAUUGCUAGAUAAUGACUGCGAUUCCUCUAAAGUACAGAAUAUGGCGAAGGCUCGCCUCCACGAGGCGAUGCAGGUGGACCGCGAGUUCACGGACGAGGACCGGCUGCGCAUCAACCCGUGCGAGUCCGUGAGCAUCAACACCGCCAUGGACUUCGUCAAGAACCCCGUGCGCUGCUGCGCGCAUGUGCACACGCUCAUACAGCAGCUCGUACACAUCGUGCUCACCAAGAAGGACGACCCCAAGACGAAAGACACAAUUCUCUACCACGGCGAGACAUGGGAGCUAAUGGGGCGCCGAUGGGGCAAGAUCGAGAAGGAUUUCUGCACAAAGAACAAGACGUACGAUAUAUCCAAGAUCCCUGAUAUUUACGACUGCAUCAAGUACGACCUGCAACACAACCAGCACACGCUGCAGUUUGACUUGGCUGAGGAGCUUUAUAUCUAUGCCAAGUACCUGGCUGAUAUAGUUAUACCUCAGGAAUACGGCCUUACAAUGCAAGAGAAAUUAACAAUAGGCCAAGGUAUAUGCACUCCGCUACUGAAGAAGAUCAGGGCUGAUUUACAGAGAAACAUUGAGGAAUCUGGAGAAGAAACAGUCAACAGGCUAAAUCCGAGGUACAGUCACGGCGUGUCGUCGCCGGGCCGCCACGUGCGCACGCGCCUGUACUUCACGAGCGAGAGCCACGUGCACUCGCUGCUCACCGUACUGCGCUUCGGGGGACUGCUCGAUGUAUUGAAAGACGAACAAUGGCGCCGAGCAAUGGAGUACGUGUCAACUGUUUCCGAGCUGAACUACAUGUCGCAGAUAGUCGUCAUGCUGUAUGAAGAUCCCACCAAAGAUCCGUAUUCAGAGGAGAGGUUCCACGUGGAGCUACACUUCAGCCCCGGCGUGAACUGCUGCGUGCAGAAGAACCUCCCGCCCGGGCCCGGCUUCCGGCCGCACAGCAGGAACCACUCCACUACUAACAACUCGCAAAGUUCGUCAGACGAAGUGAAAUGCAUUGAGGAGGAGGGCGAAGAUGAUAAUAUGGCGAGUCAAGAAACAUUACAACCGGAUAUCGAAGAAAUGGACAACACAUUCUCACCGAAGAAAUUGUCUAAAUCAAAAAUUCGUCCUUCGGAUCCGAUACCGAUUUGCGAGCACUACAGCAGCCUGCACUACACGGUGAGCGGGCACGAGGCGUCGUCGCUGGCGGCGCGCCUCACGGCCGAGCUGCGCGCGCGCUCGCACGCCGACCCGCCCGGGGACCUGGCGCAGGGGGAUGAGAAAGAGCCUAAAGACGUAGAAGAAGCGCCGCCCCGCGCGCGCUCGUACGACCAGCACAAGCAGAGCCACGACAAUGAGGCGGGCGCGGGCGCGGCGCGCUACCAGAGCCUGCAGGCCGUGCACGACACAGGGCGGCGCCAGCGGCACAGCAUCGCCGGCCAGAUGAGCUACCUGAAGAUGCUGGGGCUGGGCGCGCGCGGCAAGCUGUCGGCCGCCGGCCUGUUCAGCACGGCCGUGAUCUCCGGCUCCAGCUCGGCGCCCAACCUGCGCGUCAUGAUCCCCACGGCCGCGUCCAGCAACGCGGCGGUGGAGGGCUUCGGCGGCGUGCCGGCCAUCCGGCCGCUGGAGACGCUGCACAACGCGCUGUCGCUGCGCCAGCUGGACGCCUUCCUGGAGCGGGUCACCGCCGCGCCCGUGUUGCUGGGCACGCCGCCCGCGCCGCCGCACAAGCAGCCCUCGCCCACCAACAGUGUAGGCUGGAGCGGCCCGUCCUCGCUGAUGUCCUCGUCGGGUGAGCUGCCCAGCGGCCUGUCCUCUGCGGGGCCCUCCUCGCCCAACUCCAACUACGCUUCCAACUCGGAACAUAAGACUAACUCCACAGAAAGUAGCAAUUGGAGUAAAAAUGUGCCGAGCAAGCUCCCUCAGUGGGAGGGCGAGGCGGCGACGUUGUGCGCGUUGGACUCGAGCCUGCACCCAUUCAUGCCGCACUCCAACGUAGCAGGUUCGUCUAUUAGUGGGGACGUGACCCCGGUGUCGAUAGCUUCGGAGUUGGAGUUCAACAGCAACGAGGCUACGGCCGGAUCUAUCACUGACCAUGACCUAUUGAGUGCAGAAGGUGAAGAUGACGAAGAAACAUUGUCAGUGGACCCUUGCGGCUCACCAGUGAAGAUGAUCAAAAACGAUCUGAGUCCACAGACAUUCUCAGGACUCGCCUCACUAAGACUGGACAGUCAGCCGUCCACUAGCAAAUGUUCCACGGAAUUCUUUGGUCUCAGUCUACAACAGACUAAAGAAUGUUUCUACAAGGAUAUGCCGUCGAGUAGCAAGAACUUUAACUUAGAUAAUGAAUUGAAACAGAAGUGCUCCAAGGAAAAUACGCCAUAUGUCUCCAAUAUAGACUCUUUGAAUUUGCAAAGCAAAGAUGGCAAAGCUAAAAUUAAGAAGAAUGAAAUUCUUAAUAAUGGAAGCAGGCGAUACAGUGACAGUAGUGCACAAAAAAGUAACGUUAGCUCCCAAGCGCCUGUGUCGGGCAGUAGGUUCAAAACCACGCUGGUGACUGAUGACCUGCUCAGGCCCAGCACCUCCAGUACGCUGGACAGUGCGAGUAAAAACAAUUCGUCUAACGAACCAAGCCUGCCGUCGGUGACGAAAGCUAAGAGCACCACCGUAAAACCCGGCUUCACAAUAGCAGAGACUUAGUACUAGUAGCUAUCUAUCGUGUUUUAUGCCUUCAGUGUAAUUUAUCAUAAGAAUCGUACAACACUUGCGCAAGAUUACAACUGCAGUUUAAUUACCUUGUGAUAUUAAAGCAUUGCUUUGUCGUUUUGUUCAUUAGUGAUUCUUAUAUUUUUACACUUUGCGUUGUGUUAUUAUCAUGUUUUCUUAUACUUUUUGAAGCUUAUUUCACGUAAUACAGUGAAAUACUCUAGAUAGGCUUUGCAACAUUACCGUUUCGUUAUAAGGUUAUUUGUAUAUGCGUUUUCUACGAACCUGAUGUAUGUAUAAGCAGUCACUUACAUUAGUAUGCAUAUGAAGUUAGACAAUCAAAUUCAGUAUUCCUAGGUCCCGCAAACUUAAUCCCCUCGUAGUUUGCUAGAACAGUCGUACCAUAAUCGGACAACUGUAGUGUACCUAUGCUCGUAUCAGUUCUCAUUAAUCAACAACUAACUAUACCACGCAGAUAAGUAGUUCGUUUCGCUUUGCCGAACCCCGAUAGCUUGAUGUGCGAAAAGCAGAAUUUACAGACAAAUCAUAUUUUCGACGUAAUGAAUGUACUAGUUAAGAAUUUACAUCAAAUAUAAUAAUAGAUGAAUUAUUAA